CGAUGGGACAACACAACGCCAGCGAUCAAGCGACAACGCCAGAGGAGCAGGGUAUGGUAGAUAAUAGGCCUACUCGACGAAAUUAGCUUUGUCUGCAAGUCCCCGCAAAUCGUAUUCGUGUGACUUCGACUCCCGGACCAGGAAUCGACGGCGACAACAACAAAUACAACAAGCACGACCAGCGACUGCACAGAACCUCAACCUACUAUCAAUCGACACACACAUACACCUCACCUAAUCCUAAUACAUCCCACCAUCACCACUAGGAAUAGCCCUCGAAAUCGCCUUCGAAAUCACCAUCACUAUCCACAUUCAUUCAACAUGCCGACCAAAUCCGAACACCCCAAUCAUCCGAAGUUGACAAACUCGAAAAAGGACAACAAGAAACACCCACCCCCGCCCGUAUUGAUCACGGAUCGGGAUGUGGGGGUGCAGUAUGUUAGGGAGGAUGAUGAGCGGAGGGCGUUUUUGGGGGAGGGAGGAUUCGCCAAAGUAUACUCAUACACCCAACUCCCCUUCAAAAUCAACUCGGCUUCGGCCUCUUCCUCCAAAUCCAAAGUAAAGACGGAACACACAGAAGUGGAAUUGGAAUCAUUGGAUGAGACGACCAAGAACCACGUACUUCGAUCGAACACUGCUCAGGCGGUCAAGGUUGUGCCGCAUGAGAUGUUGGGGAGUAGUAAGAAGAGGACGAAGCUGUAUUGCGAGAUCAAGAUUCAGUCGAUGAUGGAUCAUCCUCAUAUCGUCACCUUGCAUAAUACGUUCCAGGAUGAUCAGAAUAUUUACUUGUGUUUGGAGGAAUGCGCUGGUGGGAACAUGAUGACCCUCCUCAGAAAACGAACCCACUUUACCGAACCCGAAGCCAGGGUGUACAUGACACAACUCAUCUCGGCCGUCAUGUACAUGCACGAAGCCCGAGUCAUGCACAGGGAUCUGAAGUUGGGGAACGUUUUCGUGAUGGAUAAAGGCUCGAAGGGGUUGUGCUGCAAGGUAGGGGAUUUCGGGUUGGCAGCUUUGUUGGAUAAGGAUAGUGAUCGGAGAAAGACCAUGUGUGGGACGCCCAACUAUAUCGCGCCCGAGAUUCUGGUGCAAAAAGGCGGACACUCGUACGAGGUCGAUAUUUGGAGUUUGGGGGUCAUGCUGUAUACGAUGUUGAUAGGGAAGACGCCUUUUCAGGACAAGUCGGUCGAUGGGAUUUAUGCGAAUAUCAAGGUCGUCAAGUAUAUCUGGCCGGCGGAUUGCAAAGUGUCUCUCGAAGCGCGGGAACUCGUCAAGUCCAUCUUGUCGGCCGAUCCUAAACUCCGACCGACCCUGAACGAGAUGCUUCAUCACCCGUGGUUCACAUCGGGCCCGAUACCCAGCCACGUUUCCUCGUCGGCACUGCUGACGGCACCGGAAUACCACGAGAUGACGCGAGAAGAGAUCAAGCACAACUUUUACAGGGUCAAGCGUAAAGCUGGCGUCGGACAGAACUUGCCGCUCAGGGUACCCAAGGCGGAGACGGUGGAGACUCCGCAGGAAGUCGGGAAAGAGGUGGAGAGGGCUGUCAAGCAGCAAGAGGCAGAAUACCAGACUGCCAUUCAGCCCGGCAGCCCGAUCUCGGCUUUGCUCAGAUCCGCACGAAAGCCUCCUGUCGUCGCUCCUGUCCAUAUGCCCAGGAGCGGUCGUGGCGAGUCGAACCUUUUGCCCAAGUUCCAAGCGCUCCAGAAGCAGGUCCCGCGAGGCAGUCCGCUACGGAACGAAGCGGGUCGAGCGAUCGCAUCUCAAUCGACGAAGAUCGCAGGCGGUAUCAAGGAGGAAGACGAAGACGAGUAUGAGCCGCGACGGGAUGACAAGCGGAACGUGCUUUUGCCUUCCACGAAUGGACGGGCGAACGGAGCCGGAGUGAAACCGGUGCAACGUCAUGAUGAGCAGGUCAAGGAUACGGGCAAGAUAGCGUCUAGUCGACGUACACCGUACGACAAGGUCGUUUCGUAUCUGGAUUCGGCAAUCGCAUAUCGAGAGAAGGGGGAAAAGGUGAAAGUGCCAGAUCAUGAGCCGAUCAGACCGACGGACUUUAUCGCAUGCUGGCUGGAUUACGCUCACAAGUAUGGAAUGGGAUAUGCCCUCACGGAUGGGUCUGUCGGAGUGCAGUUCAACGAUGAUACUACCAUGGUCCUUGCGCCGAACAAAAAGUAUAUCGACCUGAUCCGACCUCAUCACAAGGAUCUAGUCUCCCCCCCUCGAGAAUCGAUCCGCGCGGAUUCCGAGGUGACCGACAAGACCAUCAAGGACCGCAUAUUCCUGCUCAACCACUUUGAAGCGUACAUGGAGGGCAAGCUGCACGCCGGCGAAAAGUAUUGCGAGACGGACGCUUCCCUCAACACGGGCAUGUCGUACCUCGCUCAAUACUGGCGUCUCAACAAGUUGAUCGCUUUCCGAAUGAGUAGCGGAGUCCUGCAGUUCAACUACCAUGACCAUUCCAAACUCAUCUUGUCGGACGACGGCCUGACGAUCACCUACAUUGACGACCUGUACAACAUCUGGACUUGGCAUCUCGCUAGCCUCAUCUCGUUCGAGACGAGCAGCGAGGAAGGGACCAGGGAAAGGCGACGAAUGGAGAGCGCGUGGAGAAAGCUUACUUAUGCUCGCGACGUCGUUGCCAAGCUCGAUCGACUGCCGUCUGUACCACAAUCGACGAAAGCCGCAUAGGCGCGCACACACAUACACACUAUCAGCAUAGACCCCCUGCUACGACGAGUAACGACGUGUUUCGACAGAGAUCAUUGUGCAUAAUUCCAGUAUGAAUUUCAUGUGAUGCAUGUCAUACAGAUCCGACAUGUCCGUAAAUGGAUUUUAGCAUUCUAAGACCG